AUGUGCGAUAAUAGGACUACAUGGUCGAGGCAUAUUGGGAGUGUCAUUCGGGACUCCAAUGUAGUACCGUACAGGACCCUACAUUGGACGGACCUUAGCUCCACACAGUUGGAUCACAUAUGGAGGGCUAUCACGCCCUUUGAAGAUAACGUGACAGCGAUUCGGGCCAAUCCCCCCAGGAGAUCGCACUUAAGUGAUUGGCAUUAUCUUCUAGAGCGUCGCUUCUUCACUCCGGAGUUCAAGAAAACAAGUAUUUCAAAUACGAGUAAUAGAGCGAAUGUCGUGUACAAGAAUCAUGCGGGUUGCAUCUCUUUUUCACAAGUCGAGAGGAGAGGACUACUGGACAAUCGCCUAAUUUUGCUGACCUAUUUCUCCACACACAUAAAGAAACCAAUUCUACAGGAUCCAAAUUCAGAGGUCCCCGCUAUUAUUAUUGAGAAAGUGUCUGCGUUGCACACUACUAUAGAAGAAGACCCGAGUAGAAAUGAACUACAAUUGACAGAGUACGCUUUUGGGUCUCAAGGACAUGGUAGAGUUGUAGACAUGGAAGGUAUUGUCUCUGUUUUCGAAAGUCGCCAACUCCAAAUUCAAACCACAAGAUCUUGGGAUUAUAUGGGUUUGUCCCUAGAAAUUCCUCGCAAUCCAACAGUUGAGAGUAACAUCAUAAUUGGACAUUUCGACACCGGUGUAGUACCUGAUAUAGAGAGUUUCUCAGAUCACAAUUUAGGUGAUGUUCCAAAGAAAUGGAAAGGUGUUUGUGAUGGUGGAAAGAAUUUUACUUGCAAUAAGAAAUUAAUUGGAGCCAGGUAUUAUGGUGGAGACACAGCAAUAGAUACAAAGGGUCAUGGGACCCACACUGCGUCAACGGCAGUAGGAAGGGUCUUAAAAAAUGCCAAUUUUUUUGGUAUAGCAAAUGGGACUGCUAGAGGAGGUGUUCCUUUAGCUAGGAUAGCUACAUACAAAGUGUGCACUCCUCUUUGUGACGAUUCAUAUAUAUUGGCUGCCUUUGAUGAUGCCAUAGCUGAUGGUGUGGACAUUAUCACUGUAUCACUUGGAUUAAGUUCCCCCAUGAAUAUUAGCGAGGAUGCUAUUGCAAUUGGCUCCUUUCAUGCAAUGAAGAAAGGAAUUUUAACUGUACAGGGCGCAGGUAACUCUGGUGUUACAAUGUUAAAAACAGUUGUAAGCAAUGCACCAUGGAUAUUCACAGUGGCUGCAAGUAAUACAAAUAAAAAAAUCAUCAAUAAACUUGUUCUUGGAAAUGGACACACUAUCAUUGGUCAUGCAGUGAAUCCUUUUGACACAGGCAUACAUAACCAGAGAUUAGUAUAUGGAAGACAAAUCACUCGACAUUGCAAUGAAUCAAGGGCAAUGAAAUGUAAUGAUGGUUGCAUUGAUCCUGAUUUGGUAGAUGGGAAGAUUAUAGUAUGUAAUGCUGGUGACAGUGAUUCAAUUGCAUGGCUCGUGGCUAUGAAUGCUAAUGCAAGUGGAGUUAUUCUUCGAAAAAGUAAAAUGAACGAGGAUGAUCCAUUAGUAGUACCUUUUCCGAUUGCGCCUUUAAAUGACCCUGAUUUUUAUUACAUUGAGUCUUACCUCAAAUCCAAUAAAAAUCCGUCUGGACGCAUAUUAAAGAGCAAGACUAUUCACAGUUAUGCACCAAUUGUAGCUUCUUUCUCCAAAAGAGGGCCAAAUACAAUUUUUCCAGAAAUUUUAAAGCCCGAUGUAACCGCACCCGGUAUAAAUAUUUUGGCCCAAUCUCCAGAAGAAGAUUUUGGAAAACUUGUUCCUAAGUUAUACUCCAUCCAGUCCGGAACAUCCAUGGCGUGUCCACAUGUUUCUGGUGCGACCGCUUAUGUGAAAUCAAAACAUCCUGAUUGGUCACCAUCAGCUAUUAAAUCAUCUCUUAUGACUACCGCUUGGACCAUGAAUAUAAAAUACAAUGUAGAUGCGGAACUUGGAUAUGGAGCAGGACACAUCGAUCCAGUGAAAGCUGUUUAUCCGGGACUGUACUACAUAGAUUUUGGGAAUAGAUACAUUAUUAGGUCAAAAAAUGAUGAACUACGUUUCUUGGGAUCUAGAGACAUUCGCAAAUAUUCUAUCAAACCAAAUAAGAGGGAUGAACUGGAAUGGCUAAAAGGAGAGAUAGUUCCUACCCAUAAAGCUGAAAAUCAAAUUGAAGUUCUUGUUCCUGUUCAUAAAUGA